AUGUUUAGAUUAUUUUGCAUUGCCGAUUAUCAACCGCACUACCAACAAUACAGCAACAUCUCCUGCCUUGACUGGAAACAAUCACCUGAAUUAACUUCUGGAAAUUGUACCAAAUAUAAAUAUGGCGCCUUAAGAUGUUUCGGUAACUGGAAGAAUUUGCAAUCGAUCAACGAUCAAAAAUAUCGUGGACGAUUGGAAGAUAUAAUAUUUUGUGGUUGGCCUGAGCGAGUUUUCAAUCCAGUAGUCGACUUGCAUGCAUUUCCUCGUAUAAAGUCACUGACUAUCGAAUACAGUCGAAUGGCACAUAUAUUUGAUUUCCCGGAAAUGUUUUAUUUGCAAAUGAUCAAUAUUUCCUGGACCAAUUUGUCGCACAUUGGCCAAAGGACGUUUAAAAAAAUACAUCCGUUGAGGAUUGUCGAUUUAAGGUGGAAUAAACUGAUACAACUCGAUACUCCACUGUUGCUGCCCAGGGCCUUCGAGUACCUGUAUUUGUCUGGUAACCCAUGGAACUGCACAAGGAAUUUGAAAUGGCUUUUAAUUCCGGAGAAGGCAAGUUAUGUAGCAGAUCGUGAAUUACUGACAUGUGGGGAUCGCAAGUUCAAAGACCGGAACGUAAUGACGGUCAUGCACUAUAAAGUGACAUUAAAAACUGCAUGCCAGUCCCAUGAGGAUUUGAGGAAUUGUUCCUGUUCUAUGCAUCACAUUAUACCUAAAACGCACAUGCCCUUGUAUACAGUGAAUUGUUCCCAUUUGGGAUUUUAUCGCCUGCCAGCUUUCCUACCAGCAAACACAACCAUGUUCUUUGCAAAUAAUAAUAAGAUUUCAGAUAUCUCACCGCUAAGAAAUAACAUUCAUUACCGCUAUGUUGUCGAUGUGCAUUUGGAUAAUAACCGAAUCGAGAGUAUUGAUGUUUUGGAAGGCGGCUACUGGUUGGAGCACUUUCGCCUACUUAGUUUAAUCAACAAUAAAAUGAGAAAGAUACCAGUAUAUGCUCUCGACAAUGCCCUUGAAGACAACGCCAACGCAAAUCUCUUAUUAUUGAGUAUGAAUCCUUGGCAUUGCACCUGUAAAUUUGCCAUGCGCUUUAGGGAGUUUUUAAUAAAAUACGGAGAGAUAAUGCGUGACUCUGGCAAUAUCAGUUGCAAAUAUAUACAGGAUGGCGAGGAGAAAAAGUCCAAGUUAAUGACCAUUACCCGGGAGGAUGUUUGCAAACCUAAAGACGAGUCAAAAAUUCAUGUGUUGGAUUGGGUUAAUGGACUGUUGGCAGCGAUGAUAUUGCUAAUAUUGGGCAAGCUGGGCUACGACUACUAUUAUUAUAAAAAUUAUGGUAGGGUGCCAUGGAUUGUAAUGAAGCUGCCAUAG